GAUGAAUGGGCCAUCGACUAUAUCAUUAACAUCUCCACUUCCCCAGACGCCUUACAGGUUGUCCUAGGAUCCGAAGUGGUGCCAAGCGCUUCCAACGGUCUUCGGCAAGAUAUGCAAAGAAAGGGAUGUCAGCCCUGUUGACUACAAUCAAACGUUCCCAAGUUCGUGAGAACGUAAGUAUCUUUGUAUCUAUACCCCAGCCUCACACGGUGAUCUUAUGAACCAAUCCACACGCGAGCCUGUAGCUCCCUCCGACACCUCUCUCGCGCAACAACCACCCAAAAACUUCUCGAACCUUCCCGACCUCGAAGAUUUCUCUGCAUUCUUUACCUUUCCCGCGCACUCACCCCCGACCAUCCAUCCAAUGUCUAAGCGUGUAGAUAGACAAGAAAUCGACCCUAACGCGAGCUUUCAACUCUCACAUAAUCAUCCACCGACUACCGACACGUCUACUCUCAAAUCUGAGGUUCCUUCGCCAGCAAGCUCGCGAAACAAGAGACGCGCCACGGGUCCCGCGACGGCGACGAACACAUCGGUUUUCAAUAUGCAGGCGGGUUCAUCUAUUGCAGGACCUUCUUCGGCGGGUUUAGAUGAUCCCAAUAUGGCCUCGCCGGUGGCACCACCUGCUAAGAAGAGUCGUACCAAUACUCCUUGGACACCUGCUGAAGAGCAGAGGUUGAAGAAUAUGAGGGAUGCAGGUAAUAGCUGGGCGGAUAUUGCAAAGACUUUCCCAGCAAGAACUGAAGGAAGUGUUAAGAAGCACUGGUACAAGGACAUGCAUUACGCGGAAUUCGCGGAAGAUGAGAGUCAGGCUUUGCUCGCGGCUAUCAAGGAUUACGAGGCGAAUAAGUGGAAGGCUAUUGGACAGAAAGUUGGAAAACCCGCCAAGGCUUGCGAACAGUAUGCCAAAGAUAAUUUUGGCGGGAAGAUAUAAAGGGGGCGCUGGAUGGGAUCGGGUGGGAUGCUUUUGGCAUACUUAUUUUUUCUUUUUCUUCUUUUUCUUCUUCUUCUUCAAAAUAUUUCUUUCGGUA